UUAGGAAGAUGAGGAAAAGAAAACGUACUAUAGGAGAAUCCAUAGAAAAAUAGUGGUACAAUAGUAACGAUGAAAGGAUAAUAGAUUUUUCGCACAACCAAAAUCGGUGGUAAAGAUGUGUUAGAGCUGCUAUAUUCUGGGGCAGGAGCGAGUUGCUUGGGUAAGAAUGCCAGCCAGUUGUUAAAAGGUUUAGAAAAUAAAAUAAUAUUGAUAUCAGGCUAAAACAUUCGAACCGUAAAUUGCGGUGAAACGGAAGUUAUAAGGGUGAUUACACCACCUGUGAAUUGGGACAACAUGACCAAGGACCUUGAGUUCCUGAUAGUUCCCGGUUUACAACAGGAGGUAUACCUGGGUGUCGACUUUUGGCAAACGUUUAACUUAAAUGUUGUCAGUAAGAACACGAAUGUAGAGUCCACUCGAGUGGGGGUUGCGGAACUUGUGCCAGCAGAUGGUGAUCUUUCCUUUGAUGCCGUACAACAUGUUCUGA